AUCCCGACAUUUCUACUGUACUCUCCUACAUAAAAAGCUUAGAAAAAGUUUAUAGGUUGCGGGUUAAAAAAGAAUUUUAACCCAAACAUUUUAUGAUUCGAAUUCAGUUUCUGGCAGCUAGUCAGUAACGGCGCCAGCAUCCAUUAUCAGCCUCCGUCAUUGCCUCUACAUGUUUUCCGAAGAAGAUGAAGCUAGCGGUGAUAAGUUCGGAAACAGCGCUGCCGCUACUGAAAUGUUCUCUCAAUACGCUUCUAGUCGAUUUACUAAUCUUUCUUCUAGCUUGAAAGACGAUAUACGGGCCAAAUUCAGCUUUUGCAUUACUGAUGUGGAAACUGAUUGGAAUGCAGCAUUUAAUUUCUCAAAAAACCCGAAAUUCUUGUCCGAAUGUGCCAGAUCAACUAAAGGAGACAUGAUGAAACGCGUAUGUACAGCAGCAGAAGUCAAAUUCUACUUUAGUAGUUUCUAUCAGAGUGGAGGUGAAGCAAAGAAGUCCAGUUUUUUGAAGCCUAAUAAGAACUGUAAUUUAACAUCUUGGGUUUCUGGGUGUGAGCCUGGAUGGGCUUGUAGUGCUGGUAAACAACAGAAAAUUAAUCUAAAAAACUCCACUGAGAUACCUUACAGGGUUCAAAAUUGUUCAGCUUGUUGUGAAGGAUUCUUCUGCCCUCGUGGAAUUACUUGUAUGAUACCUUGUCCAUUGGGUGCUUACUGUCCACUUGCGAACCUCAAUACGAGUACCGGCGUAUGUGACCCAUACCGUUAUCAACUACCUCCUGAUAAUCCAGAUCAUACAUGUGGAGGAGCUGAUACUUGGGCCGAUGUUAUGAGUAGCAGUGAGGUGUUCUGUUCAGGUGGAUCAUACUGUCCGUCUACCAUCCAAAAAAUUCCUUGCAGCAAGGGGCAUUACUGUAGGACAGGUUCUACAUCUGAACUCUUGUGCUUCCGUUUUGCAACUUGUAAUCCAAAGUCAGCAAAUCAAAACAUCACUGCAUAUGGCCUCAUGCUUUUUGCUGGACUAGGAUUCCUAAUUGUCAUUAUAUACAACUGUUCUGAUCAAGUUAUUGCAACUCGAGAGAAGAAAAAAGAGCUAUCCAGGGAGAAGGCAGUUCAAAGUGUAAGAGAAACUGCCCAAGCACGCGAAAAAUGGACUUCGGCGAAAGAAAUUGCUAAGAAGCAUGCAAUUGGGCUGCAAACAUCGUUUUCACGUACAUUUUCCAGAAGAAAGUCUCAAAAGCAUCCAGCAAGCCAAGCUAAAUCUGCAGCAGCAGAUGCUGCUGGAUUAACUGUAUCUACGGGUACAUCUCAGCAGCCAAAAAAGAAGGAAAAAGGGAAUCUCACAAAGAUGUUACAUGAAAUAGAAGAUAACCCUGAAAGUCAUGAAGGGAUUAAUAUAGAAAUUGGAGAUAAACAAGGGAAAAAGAAUCCACCAAAGGGCAAAGAUUUGCAUACCCAGAGCCAAAUGUUCAGAUAUGCUUAUGGUCAAAUCGAGAAGGAGAAAGCUCUCCAGGAGCAGAACAAGAACUUGACCUUCUCAGGUGUGAUUUCAAUGGCUAAUGAGGUUGAUGACCUUAUUAGGAAGAGGUUUACAAUUGAGAUUGUCUUCAAAGAUUUAACCAUCACUUUGAAAGGAAAAAACAUACAUCUAAUGAGGAGCGUAUCUGGGAAAUUAUCUCCCGGUCGGGUUUCAGCUGUUAUGGGUCCAUCUGGAGCUGGAAAAACAACUUUUCUUUCAGCUUUAACUGGAAAAGCUCCAGGUUGUGUCAUGACUGGUUCGGUUCAAAUAAAUGGGAAGGAUGAGUCUAUCCAAGCUUUUAAGAAAAUAAUUGGUUUUGUUCCACAAGAUGAUAUUGUGCAUGGAAACUUGACAGUGGCAGAAAAUUUAUGGUUCAGUGCUAGGUGCAGACUCCCUGCCGAUCUGGCAAAACCAGAAAAGGUUCUAGUUGUUGAAAGAGUCAUUGAGUCCUUGGGACUGCAGGCUGUGAGGGAUUCUUUAGUAGGGACAGUGGAGAAGAGAGGAAUCUCAGGGGGUCAAAGGAAACGAGUAAACGUUGGGCUGGAAAUGGUCAUGGAACCUUCUCUUUUAAUAUUAGAUGAACCAACAUCUGGUUUAGACAGUUCAUCUUCCCAAUUACUACUUCGAGCUCUUCGGCGUGAAGCUCUUGAAGGUGUAAACAUUUGCAUGGUCGUUCACCAGCCAAGCUAUACCUUGUACAGGAUGUUUGAUGAUUUGAUACUUCUAGCAAAGGGUGGACUUACUGUAUAUCAUGGGCCAGUGAAGAAAGCUGAAGAGUAUUUUGCUGGCCUUGGAAUUAAUCUACCUGAUCGUGCUAAUCCUCCAGACUACUUCAUUGACAUUUUGGAAGGUAUUACAAAGCUAAACACAGGCACAGGUUUAACGGUUAAACAGCUGCCGGUAAGAUGGAUGCUUCAUAAUGGCUAUUCCGUUCCCAUGGAUAUGCUGAAUUCUAUUGAGGGAAUGUCCGGAAAAUCUGCUGAAAAUUCAUCACAUGGAGGCAGUAGUGCUCAUGCCACCGGAUCGGAACAAAAUUCCUUUGCUGGCGAGUUGUGGCAGGAUGUGAAAUGUUCUGUUGAGACAAAGAAGGACCGCUUGCAACAUAAUAUCUUCAAGUCAGCUGAUUUGUCAGAAAGGAAAACGCCUGGUGUAUUCACACAGUACAGAUACUAUCUUGGAAGGCUCCUAAAGCAACGGUUACGAGAAGUUAGGACACAAGUGGUAGAUUAUUUAAUUUUAUUGCUUGCUGGAAUUUGCUUAGGAACACUAGCUGAAGUAAGCGAUGAAACAUUUGGUGCAAUGGGUUAUACAUAUACAGUUAUUGGAGUUUCUCUCCUAUGCAAGAUUGCAGCUUUGAGAAGCUUUGGUUUAGAUAAGCUGCACUACUGGAGAGAACGUUCAUCCGGUAUGAGCAGCCUAGCUUACUUUCUAGCUAAGGAUACGAUCGACCAUUUCAAUACUGUUAUCAAGCCUUUAGUGUAUCUCUCCAUGUUCUACUUCUUCAACAAUCCAAGAUCAUCUGUUUACGACAAUUACUUCGUUUUAGUCUGUCUGGUAUAUUGCGUAACCGGCAUAGCCUAUAUACUCUCCAUCCUUUUCGAUCCAGGUCAAGCUCAACUGUGGUCAGUGCUUCUUCCAGUUGUUUUGACUCUAAUAGCAACUCAAGGUGGUGACAGCAAGACUGUUGAUUUUAUAGGCGACUUAUGCUACACUAAGUGGGCAUUAGAAGCCUUUGUGGUCUCGAACGCUAAAAUGUAUUCCGGAGUGUGGGUGAUAACACGAUGCGGUUCGCUUUUGCAAUACGGAUACGCUCUGAAGAAUUACGGUCGUUGUUUGGUCUUGCUUGUCCUAACCGGUAUACUUACCCGUAUUGUUGCUUUCUUUAGUAUGGUAACCUUCCAAAAACGAUAAACUCCAUCAUCAAGCUAACCUUACUUUCAUACUGUAUUUAUCAUUAUUCCUUAGUUCAUACAUACGUACAUACAUACAUACAUACAUACAUAUAUAUACAUUAUACAUAUAGUAGCUUUGUGUUUUCUUUUCUCUCUUUUGUUAAAGAAACUACAGUGAGAACAGCUGAGUGGAAGCUAUAGAUCAGUUUUGUUUAGCUUUUUUUUUUUAAUAAUAAUAAUAAAAAGAAACUG